CUACCUGUCAGCUGUAGGCAGUACAAGUACUUUGGUUGCGAAGCUGUCAAACGGUGAAUAGAUAGAAUAUUAGAAUAGCAAAGCAGGAACGGUAGUGAGAAUUAUUUCUAUUAAAUAUGAGUUUUUAUUCGCAAUAUCGAAUUAAUAGGUAAUCGUGACGCCUAGCUCUUAAUCUUAGAAUAGAACAAAACAAAACUGAUACCGGCUUCGUCGUAAAAUGAAUUCGAGAGAUAGAUCAUUACAAGACAAAUUGAAAGUGCUCUUCAAAAAGGGUGCAUCGGCGCCGCUGCCGCCGCGCAAUGAGCUCGUGGUGAGCGGCGAGCUGGAGCGCGAGCUGAGUGCAGACGCGCCGCUGCACCGCCGUCUGCGCGCGCUCAAGGAGGUCGGGGAGAAGGCGAUCCACAUCCGAGUGCAAGAAGGAGGAGUUGAAAAGCUUUGGUCUUUGACAAGAGAUCUGCUAGAAGACAGCAAUGUGGAGGCUCGGCAUGCAGCAUUGUGGUUCCUGCGAUGCCUGGCAGAGGGGCAGGCAGACUACCUGCAGAUCAUGCGCUCAAUCUUGUUCCAUUAUUUGCGGGACACUCAUGCUCGCCAUAGUCCGGAGGACACACAACUACGCUUCAAAUUAUUGCACACACUUACCAACACAGGAAAGAAUAUUAACUGUUUUGAGGAAGAGAUCGGGCCAUUCCUGCUGGAGUGGCUGCCGCAGGUGCAGCCCGCCACGCAGCUGGUGGAGUUCCUGCAGCUGAUCAUUAAUGUCGUCAAGUACAACGCCACAUAUCUAGACGAGCACAUCGUCCAUGGGAUAGUCGAGUGCGCGUGCCAGCUGUGCGCGUACAGCGCGGAGGGCGGCGUGGUGGCGAGCUGCCUGUCGCUGCUGGAGGCCGUGGUGGCGUACUCCAUGGUGCCGCGCGCCGCGCACCGCGCCUUCGUGGCCGCGCUGUGCCGCACCGUCAACCUGGAGCACUACUGCCAGACCAGCUGGAAGCUCAUGCGCAGCGUGCUGGGCGCCGACAUGGGGCACGCGGCGCUGCAGCAGCUGGUGGCGCUGCUGCGCGCCGGCGGCGACGAGGCGGGGCUGCAGCGCGGCGCCGUCUUCUACAUCAACAUGGCGCUCUGGGGGCCGCGCCGCGUGCCCACGCUGCGCGUCUCCUACCUCGCCGUGCUGCCCGCCUUCCUCAAGGCGCUGGAGGGCGAGCAGCCCGUGGUGACGUACGAGGUGGUGGUGAGCCUGCACGGCGCCGUGGCGCGCGCCCCGCUGGAGCUGUGCGAGCCCGCCUGGGACGCGCUGCUGGCCAUCGUGCGCCGCGUGCUGCGCCAGGACGCCGCCUACGACCCGCCCAACGAGCUCAUCCACAACGCCGUGCACGCGCUCAUCUCCAGCAUCGAGCAGCUGCAGGACGCCGGCCAGUACCGCGGGGACCCCGACGCGCUGCUGGACCUGCUGGACGCCUGCGGCCACGAGCGCCCGGAGGCGUCCGCCAUGCGGCUGGUGAGCGCGCGCGCGGCGGCGCUGGCCCCGCUGGGCGCGGACUGGGUGGCGGCGGCGCUGGCGCUGGCGGAGCGCUACGUGCGCCAGGAGCCGCGCCGCGCCGUGCGCCUGCACGCGCUGCACGAGCUGCUGGCCUUCAUCCGCCGGCACCGCUACCUGUACGGCGAGGAGCUGGUGGAGCUGGUGGCCGUGCCCGUGCUGGGCUCGUGCGCGCUGGACGCCGAGGUGUCGCUGCGCGCCGCCGCCGCGCGCGCGCUCACCGAGCUGGCCAAGUGCUGCACGUCGGACGCCUGCACCGACCUCAUCGACCUGCUGGAGAAGAUCCUUAACCGGCCGUUCGAGAUGUACGUGUCGGAGGUGCCGGUGCCGGCGGAGGCGGACACGUCGGACCUGGCGGCGGCCUGCGCCGGCCUGCUGGAGCUGCUGCACGCCAAGCUGCUGGCGGCGCCGCCGGCGCACGCGGUGCGCGCCUUCCUGGUCCUGCUGGACCACCUGGACAACCACUACCGCCGCCCCGCGCUCUUCAUGCACCACCCCGACAUCCGGAUCAAGAUCUUCGAGAUGCUGUUCGGGCUGCGCGCCAACCAGUUCCACUGCGUGGGCUUCUGCUACGACGCGAGCGGCGCGGCCGUGUACGGCGCCGCCAGCCUGCGCCUGCGGCCCGUGUGCUCGCCGUGGCUGGUGGCGGAGCCCCCCGCGGCGCGCGGCGCGCCGGGCGCGGCCCGCGAGCUGCCGCCGGGCGCGCUGGUGCUGGCGGUGGGGCGCGCGGCGCGGCUGCUGGCGACGGCGCUGACGCGCGAGAAGGAGUGGGCGGUGCUGGCGCGGCUGCUGCGCGCGCUGCCGGCGCUGCUGGCGGCGCGCGCGCUGCUGCUGGGGCGGCGCGCGCAGGACCUGGACCUGCUGGCGUCCACGCUGUGCGCCAUGGUGUGCGACCGGAGCCUGAACUUCCCCGAGUGCCUGCGCGCGGCGCCGGCGCACAAGCUGCUGGUGUCGGAGUUCCACGGCGCGGCGCUGCCGGCGCUGGCCGCCAUGGCGCCCUACCACGCCUACCUCGAGCCGCAGACGCAGCAGCGCAUAGUGCGCUGUCUGCUCAAGUACGGGAUGGUGCUGAGGACGCCGCAGCCGUACAUCAACGCGCUGACGAUAUUCACGCUGGAAACCAGGGAGACAAUGGUGAAGAUGCUGCCGGAGGUGCUGCUGGACCUCUCUAAGAUCUCCGACACGAAGGCCAUCGCCAGCCCCAUGCUGGAGUUCCUGUCGACGCUGACGCGGCUGCCGAAGGUGUUCGCGUCGUUCGUGGAGGACCAGUACAUGUCGGUGUUCGCCAUCCUGCUGCCCUACACCAACCCGUCGCGCUACAACCACUACGUGGUCUCGCUGGCGCACCACGUCAUCGCCGCCUGGUUCCUCAAGUGCCGCCUGUCCUACCGCCGCAACUUCGUGCGCUUCAUCAUACACGGCCUGCACAAUUACAUCAUCAUGCCGUUCGAGGAGCAGCUGCAGUACAAGACCAACCACUUCCAGAACGCUAACGAGGACUCGUCCAACCGGCAGCGCAGCUCCAGCCUGGGGUCCCGCGCGGUGUCGCGCGUGCCGCUGGGCGGGCGCGGCGCGGGCGCCAGCUCGGCGUCGGCCGCCUUCCACGUGGAGCUGACGGAGACGUGCCUGGACCUGCUGGCGCGCUACACCAGCACGCCCUGCAGCGUCAAGCCGCAGCGCAGCGACACGGCCGAGUUCCUGUUCAGCGGCGGCCAGUCCAUGACGUGGCUGGUGGGCCACAAGCUGGUCACCAUCACCACGUCGGGCUGCCUGCAGAACUCCAUCAAGCAGGGGCUGUGCGAGCGCUGCGCCGCGCUGUGCCGCCAGCACGCCGACAGCGUGGCCUCGCCGCUGCCGCCGCUGGCGCCGCCCGCAGCGCCCGCAGCGUCCGCAGCGCCCGCAGCAGCCGCAGCGCCCGCAGCCGCCGCAGCGCCCGCAGCCGCCGCAGCGCCCGCAGCCGCCGCAGCGCCGCCGCCGCCUUCAGCGCCUGCAGACCUCGAGCGACAAAACUCGUCGGAGAACAAGAGCUCGGAGCCGCUGGCGGCCGUGCUGCAGCAGUUCUCGGCGCACUGGGAGCGCGUGUCGGCCGACGUGGACAACGAGGACGCGGGCUGGUCGCGCGUCGCCGACCUGGCCGCCGCCGGCGCCUGUCCUUGCUGGGCCGCCAACUGGGCCGAGGUGCACGUGCGCUCCCCCACCGGCGACGUCUGCUGGGUCAUGCGCAUGCAGAACCACAUGAACUGGGACUACCUGCUGGAGUCGCCGCUGCAGGACGUCGCGGCGCUGCUGGCCCCCGCCGGCCGCAGGCCCGCGCCGCCCGCGCCCGACGCCCGCCGCCCGCCGCCUCCGCAGGGCUCCGACGCCGGCCCGCGCGCCCGCAGCGGCUCGUCGGGCUCCGCGCCCUGCCCGCAGCCCGCGUCCUGUCCGCCCGCCACGGACCUGCACAAGUCUAGCUCGGAGUCCACCGUCGGCGACAGGAGGACGCCGGCCGCCGCGCACAGCGCCGCUGUGAGCCGGAUGAGCACGCAGCCCAUCAACAUCCCCGGCUCCCCGCAGCGCCAGAGCUCCUCCAGCACCACCGACGACGACGACAUGCUGCUCAUCGUGCCCGAGGGCAAGUCGCGGCAUCCGGUGCGCCGCUCCAACUCCUCGCCCGAGAUGUCGUCCUCGUGGAAGGCCAGCGUGGCGGCCAGCGUGGCGGCCAACGCGGCGACCGGCGCGCUGGCCAGCGCCGCCGAGCUGCCCGUGGACCCCGACGACAUGAUCCUGCUGCCGAGCUGCGAGCCGACCAGCAGCACGGCGCAGUCGCUGCACGCGACGAAGAAGGCGGCCAAGAAGAGCGACAUGCGCGUGUCGUGCGAGGCCAUCCCCGAGGAGAUGUCGGGCACGUCCCCGCACGCGCCGCACCCGCACCUCUGCACCUACAACUCCGACCCCGGGUCCGGCGAGGGCGCGGCGGGCGGGUCGGGCGGCGCGGCGCUGCAGAAGGUAGAGCCGGGUGCGCAGCUGCCCCCGCUGGCGCGGUCCAAGCGCUCGAACACCAUCUCGGUGAUGAGCCCGACGCGGCGGCAGGGCGCGGCGGCGCGCGGCGCGGCUGUCGCGGCCGCGGCGCCCGGCGCCGUGGGCGGCGGCGGCGGGGGGCUGUCGCCGUCCUUCGUCUUCCUGCAGCUCUACCACAACAUGAGCACCUACCCCAUCACGCCGCCCGUGCCAGGGGAGACGCCGGCCAUCCUGAACCCGCUGGCGGAGCGGCCGCUGCGCGUGUCGGGCGUCCAGCACGAGCGGACCAUCAAGAACCUCGAUCUCGUGCCGCCGGUCGAGACCUACAAGAUCGGAGUGUUGUACGUGGGACCCGGACAACAAGACAACGAAGUUCUAAUACUGAACAAUGAAUACGGCAGCGUGAGAUACGCAGAGUUCCUGACGCAGCUGGGCACGCUGGUGUCGCUGGACGGCGCGGAGGCCGACGACCAGCCACACCUGUUCCUCAACCUGGAGAAGGGCGGCAAGGAUGGCCACUACACCUACGUGUGGAACGAUGACAUCAUGCAGGUGCUGUUCCACGUGGCGACGGCGAUGCCGUGCUCGGCCAAGGACCCCACGUGUAACGAGAAGCGCAAGUACAUCGGCAACGACUACGUGUCCAUAGUGUACAAUGACUCCGGCGCCGACUUCAACAUCCACACCAUCAAGGGACAGCUGAACUUCUGCAUCGUAGUGGUGGAGCCGUACGAGCACGGCAUGAACCGCGUCUUCAUCAAGACCAAGGACGAGCGCAUCCGCACCAAGUUCCUGGCGCACCAUGACACGCACUGCGUCUCCGACUCCAACGUGGCGCUGCUCGCGCGACAGAUGGCGCUGCACUGCGCGGUACGUAUGGCGGGAGGGGGAGGGCGAGGGCCGAGGGGCGCGGGCUGAGUGUGUGUGUGUGUGCAGCUGGCGUCGCAGAUCUCGCAGUCGCUGAAGCUGGGCGGCGCGCCGUACGCGUCCAACUCGCUGGAGCGCCUGCGCCUGCUGAAGCGCCUGCGGCUGCGGGCCGAGGCCGAGCGCCUGGCGGCCGCGGCGCGCCCGCCGGAGCCCUACGCCGGCCCGCCCGACCUGGCGCACCGCGUCGCCAUCGACGACUUCAACGACUACACCUAGACUCGGGAUUUCGCUAAGCUGAGCGAUCUCUCGAGUUGACCGAUUUGUUGUUUCGAGCAGCCCGACGUUGCCUCGUGAUCACGCGUGGGUCACGACCGCCACGGCGUGACCCUAGCGUGCGUACGCAGGUUCUGUAACCCUCACAUUUGUAAAUACAUUACUCAAUUACCAAAUUAGCGAAUUUCGCAGUGAGCCGACUCCCUCGGCCGGGUCCGGCGCCCGCACUCCGCUUGCUGCGUCCGUACACCGACGCACUUUGCUUAUAUUUUGAUCAGUUUAUUUGUACAUGAACCCUUACGUGAGAUGUGAUAGUAGAGUAACGAGUAAAUACGGUAUACAAAUAUCAAGUAUAUAAUAAAGCAAGUUUUCUACAAACCGCUUCGCUUACGAGUUCCCGCGGCGUGAAGUAGUGCUUUGAAUAAAUAGCGACGAUACAACGCUGCGACCCGACACCGCGGACAUGUUUAUGUUGCCCUCGACUCUACUGGUAGGUGCGCGUCGCUCUUGGUUGGACGUGGCUUAAAUAGUUUAAUUUCAGAUAUACAUUUAGAUUUUGAACUGAAUAAUGUAAAAGUUAAUAUUAAGGAUCUUGAAUAAGUACAUGUUUUCACAAAUAAAAAUGAAUCGUUGGUCGCGCAGCGCGGCGCGUCCGCCGGCAGUGACGUCACGCCGCCGGCCGCGCCGCGCCCUCGACUCUCGCUACACAGUUGAGGCAUUUCUUGUUUUAUAUGUUUUAUGUAGCAAUUUAUUUCCUGACAAAACAUUUUGUAAUCAAAUAAAUGAUGGCUAUUUUUCCUAUGUUUCAU